GCCCCGCGACGCGGGCGCUUCCGGGGACGUGUCUGAGGGCGAUGGCGGGCGCGGCGCCGGCCGGGGAGGCGGACGAGCUCUUCGACCUCCGCAACAACUUCUACAUCGGCGCCUACCAGGCCGCCAUCAACGAGGCGCAGCGGGCCAAGCCCAGCAGCCCCCAGAAGGAGGCCGAGCGGGACGUGUUCCUGUUCCGAGCCUACAUCGCCCAGAGGAAGUUUGGGGUGGUUCUGGACGAGCUGCAGGGCAGCCCCAGCCCCGAGCUGCAGGCUGUCAGGAUGUUUGCUCAGUUCCUGGCCAGCGACAGCCAGAGGUGAGGGUGCCCUGGGCCUUUUGGGGUGCCACAAUUCCUGCACUGCCAGGAGCUUUGGGGUGCAGGGGCUUUUAAUAUCCAGGGAUCCCUUCCAGACCACCCCAGGUGUCCCUGAGCCCUGUGCAGAUGUUCCUGGGCUGGGAAUCCAGCUGUGUCCCUGUUCUCCUGUCCCUGCAGCUUGGCCAUGAUGAUCCAGAUCCUGCUGAAGCUCGACAGACUCGACCUGGCCAGGAAGGAGCUGAAGAAAAUGCAGGAGCAGGAUGAGGAUGCCACCCUGACCCAGCUGGCCACAGCCUGGGUGAACCUGGCCUCGGGUGGGGAGAAGCUGCAGGAUGCCUUCUACACCUUCCAGGAGCUGGCAGACAGGUACUGCCCCUCGCUGCUGCUGCUCAACGGCCAGGCUGCUGCUGCCAUGGCCCAGGGCCGCUGGGACGAGGCCGAGGGGCUGCUCCAGGAGGCUCUGGACAAGGACAGCGGGCACCCCGAGACCCUGCUGAACCUGGUGGUGCUGUCCCAGCACCUGGGCAAGGCCCCCGAGGUCACCAAUCGUUACCUGUCCCAGCUUAAAGAUGCUCACAAAAACCAUCCCUUCAUCAAGGAGUACCAGGCCAAGGAGAACGACUUUGACCGCCUGGCCCUGCAAUAUGCACCCAGUGCCUGAGCCUGGAAAAUCCCUUUGGGACCCAAAAAAUCCCUCUGGCACCCAAAAAAUCCCCUUUAGGUCCCAAAAAAUUCCUUUGGGACCC